AUGACAGAAACCCUCCGCCCAGCCUUCGCCGACCGACCCCGACCUCUCCUCUCCUACGGCAUCCCCUUUCCCACCGCAGCAGCCCACCACAUCACCGACCUCUUCCACGCCUCCAAGAUCUACAUCCUCUGCUCCGCCUCCCUCGCCCACAACACCGACGCCCUCGACCGUCUCACCCGCGCCCUAGGACCGGACAAGAUCGCAGGAACCCGCAUCGGCAUGCAAAGCCACACGCUCUGGUCCGAAGUACUAGAAGUCGUCCGCGACGCCCAAGCCGCGGAAGCAGAUCUCCUAAUCACCCUCGGCGGGGGGAGUCUAACAGAUGCCGCGAAGGUGGUUGCGCUGGCAAUAUCCAACAACACCACCACCCCCGACACCCUCCUCACGUUAACCACCGAACCACCGACUCCAAACCCACCCAUCAAACCCCCCUCCAUCCCCAUCAUCUCCAUCCCCACCUCCCUCUCCGCAGGCGAAUACUCUUCCUUCGCGGGCGCCACGCACGACACUUCCCGGCGGAAAUACUCCUUCUCAGCACCGAUCCGCGGCCCGCAGCUUGUCAUCCUUGACCCGGAGCUGACUGCCACCACUCCCGAGCGGAUCUGGUUAGGGACGGGCAUCCGGGCGGUGGAUCACUGCGUUGAGACGUAUCUUUCCUCGGGGGUGGGAAGUAAAGAUGGGGUUACGGAGGAGACGGAUCGGUUGGCGUUGCAUGCGUUGGGGUUGUUGGUUCCAGGGUUGGUGAGGUGUACAAGAUUGAAUACUAAGGAGGGGGGGACAGAUAGAGAAGAAGAUGGUGAUGAUAAUGAUGGUGGGAAAGCAGCGCGGUUGGAUUGUGCCUUGGGCAGUGUGGAUGCUAUGGCUGCUUGUUCGGCCGGGUUGCCUUUGGGGGCGAGUCAUGGGAUUGGACAUCAGCUCGGCCCCCUCGGCGUCCCCCACGGCGAAACAAGCUGUAUUCUCCUCCCCGCCGUAUGCAAAUACAACGUCAAGUACAGCAGCAGUACCAGCAAUGUGACUGCCCGACAGACUAAACUCCGCGAUUUUCUGCUCCGGCAGGAGGGCGUAUCCGGGGUGGUGCGCAAGCAUUAUGCAGAAGCAGCAGCAGAAGUUGAUCUCGGAGAUGUGCUAGACGCAGUGAUUAGAGAGUUAGGGCUGCCGCGGUCGUUGCAGGCGGUCGGGGUGGGGCGGGAUCAGUUCGAGGCGCUGGCGGAACAUUGUCUGCAUGAUCGGUGGUGUCGGGCGAAUGUGGUGCCGUUGCAGGAGAAGGGGCAAGUGUUGGAGAUUUUAGAGAUGGUUGCUUAG